AUGGGACGUGGAAGACUAACAGUCACGGUUUGGAUACAAAUUAUUACAGCCUUGCUCUGUUUGUGUGAUCGGGCUACAGCGCAGCUAUCGUUUUCGGUUUCCGAGGAGGUUGACAAAGGGACGGUGGUGGGAAAUCUUGCUAAGGAUUUACAAAUUAACGUCCACGAAUUGGAAAAACGGGAUCUGCGAGUUGUAUCUGGAAAUUCAAACAAAUAUUUCGACGUGGAUUUAAAAACUGGUGUUCUAUAUGUUUGCGAUAGGAUUGAUCGUGAGGAGCUCUGUCCAAAUACGGUAAAAUGUGCUCUCAAUAUAGAAGCCAUUCUGAGCAACCCGAUGCAUCUGCAUCGCAUAGAAUUUCAGAUUAUUGAUAUAAACGAUAACGCACCAUCUUUUCGUGAACAAGAGAAGACGUUUAAUAUUUCGGAAUCGUCUUUUACAGGGGAGAGGUAUUUACUCCCCAUGGCAAAUGACGCAGACACGGGCAGUAACUCGGUAAAGAGCUACAAGCUGAGUCCAAAUGAAUAUUUCUCAUUAGACGUACAGAGCGGCGGACAACACAGUGAGUCUGCCGAACUGGUGCUGCAGAAAUCUUUAGACAGAGAGAAACAAUCCGUCAUCCACCUGACGUUAACUGCUCUGGACGGAGGAAAACCUGCCAGGUCAGGGACAUUAAAAAUAGUUGUAAAUGUAAUAGAUAUAAAUGACAAUGUUCCGGUAUUUAGCCAACCUCUGUAUAAGGCCCGGGUCACUGAGAAUACUCCGUUUCAGACAUCCAUACUGAUUGUAACAGCUACAGAUUUAGAUGAGGGAAUAAAUGGUGAGAUUGUGUAUUCAUUUAUUGAGAGGGGGAAUCUCAAUCCUGAAACUGUGUUCUUAAUAAACCCAGACACAGGGGAAAUAACUGUAAGUGGAAAAGUAGACUAUGAAGAGAAUACAGCAUAUGAUAUUCGUGUACAGGCAAGAGACAAAGGCACGCCAUCUCGUAGUGUGCAUGGUAAAGUGUUAGUGGAAGUAAUUGACGUUAAUGACAAUAUUCCUGAAAUCAUCAUAACUUCUCUUAUGAGCCCGGUUAAAGAGGACGCUGAGAUAGGGACAGUGGUCGCUUUGGUGACUGUCACUGACAAAGAUGGGGGUAAUAAUGGGCUUACCAGUGCUACAAUUGUUGGGUUGGUGCCCUUUAAACUAAAGCUUAACUACAAAAAUUAUUAUUCAUUGACAGUUGAUGGACCUCUUGACAGAGAGAGUGUUUCUCAAUAUAAUGUCACUAUCACAGCUACGGAUGAAGGCACUCCACCUCUCUCCAGCACCAGUGUUAUUUCUGUUCAUAUUUCUGAUGUGAAUGAUAAUGCGCCUCUAUUCUCAGAGCCUGUGAUUAAUGUAUAUGUGAAAGAAAAUAGUGUAGUGGGAGCUACUAUCUUUACUAUAACUGCAGUUGAUCGUGAUGUUGAAGAAAAUGCAAAAGUAACUUAUUCAUCUUUAGAUGGUAUUUCAAAAAGUAUACCAAUAACUUCAGUUGUAAACAUAAACUCAGAGACCGGAGAUAUAGUCAGCCUGCAGUCUUUUAACUUUGAGGAGUUAAAAACGUUUCAGUUUAAAGUUCAGGCCACAGAUUCUGGUGUUCCUCCGCUCAGCAGCAACGUGACUGUCAAUGUUUUUAUUCUGGAUGAAAAUGACAAUAAUCCAGCUGUUCUGGCGCCCUAUUCUGAGCACGGCUCCGUUAACAGUGAGAGCAUCCCCUAUUCUGCUGAAGCGGGAUACUUUGUGGCAAAGAUCAGGGCUGUAGAUGCAGACUCUGGAUACAAUGCACUGCUUUCUUAUCACCUGUCUGAACCCAAAGGAAACAACCUCUUCCGGAUCGGAACCAGCACCGGGGAGAUCAGGACUAAGAGGAGAAUGAGUGACAAUGACCUGAAAACUCACCCCUUGCUGGUGUUGGUUUCUGAUAACGGAGAACCCUCCCUGUCAGCUACUGUGUCUAUUGAUGUGGUGGUGGUUGAAAGCACAGCUGACAUCCAGACUCAGUUCAGAAAUGUUCCUGUGAAGGAGGACAGCUUCUCUGAUUUAAACCUGUAUCUGCUGAUCGCCAUUGUGUCGGUGUCAGCGAUCUUUCUGCUGAGCCUCAUCAGUUUAAUAGCUGUCAAAUGCCACAGGACAGACGGCAGUUUCAGCAGGUACAGCGCCCCAAUGAUCACCACCCACCCUGACGGGAGCUGGUCUUACUCUAAAGCUACUCAGCAGUAUGACGUGUGUUUCAGCUCUGACACACUCAAGAGUGACAUGGUGGUUUUCCCCGCGCCGUUUCCACCUGGAGAUGCAGAGCUGAUCAGUAUUAACGGAGGAGACACUUUCAACAGGACUCAGACAUUACCUAAUAAAGAAAAGGUAAAAAUAAUGGUACAUAAUACAUAG